GACCCUUAAGCGAGAGCCGCUGUUUAUGACCGCCUUUCCUCCUGUGCAAUUUCUAUCUGCAAUUUCUGCAAUUUCUGCAAAAUCAUCCCUCUCUAUGGCUCGAGUCCUAUUCCAAACCCUAACCCUAACCAGACUCUCCCUAUCGCCCUCCUGCAAACCCCCACCGUUGAUCAGCGUCCUCACCGUCCGGCACCGCUCCAACCGGUCCGGCAAAGCCCAGCUAAUCGAGAUCAACCUCGAAUCGGAGAGCGGGGACGUCGAAGUCAUGGGCAUCCGAAGACUGGAGGACGCCAUCCAUCGCAUCAUCGCCCAGAGAUUGGCUCCCGAUUGGCUUCCUUUCAUCCCUGGAUCGUCAUAUUGGGUGCCCCCAAGUCGCCGUCAAUUUGAUCUUCUGAAAUGCAUGGGAAAAUUAGCUAGGGAGAUGUCGGUGGAGGAUGCCUUGGCGGUUACCGCCGUUCGUGGAUGGCCGUCGCCCUCUUACUUCAUUCAAGAUGAUGCAUCCGAACAUCAUUCUACCGCAGAGAAUGAUGAGGUGGAGGCCGAGGCCGAGAUAAAGGCGCAGAAUGAUUCACAGAACACAGACACAACGAACACAUCUCUUCUGAUAAAAAAGAAAUAGAACACAUCUCAAUCAGAGGAUGGCGAAGGACGAGCAUUGUCUCUUGACAGAAGUAUGCUCACUUUUCCUAUGUAGAUAUUUGCCAAAAAAAAGAAGGAAAAGAAAAGGGAAGCUGGGCUGAGGAAAGGUGGGGAGCAAGCAAAUGGGAUAUGUCUGUACAGGUUCAAACCCCUAAACUCGUUAGUCUCGGGGGUUAGGUAUUCCAUGUUCUUCCCUUAUAUGUUAUCCAACUCGCCCCAAUUUCCCUUAAUGUUGCCUUAUUGAUAAUGUUCUCUCCCUUUUACAUUUAUAUUUUAAACGGAAUAAGAUUUUAUUUUAUUUUCUCCA